CCUGUCUGGGUGUGUCGGCGGAGGAGAAGCCAGUCCCUGCUCCUGCAUUUUGCUCUCAGUUCCCAAAGAACAUGACGACGACGAUUGUAGCACUCCUGCUCGCCCUGUCGGCAGGGGCUGUGGCACGCGACAUCUUGCCGCCAGGCCCCGUGGACGCGGUGGUGGGGAAGAACGUGACCCUGCAGACGCUCCUGAAGGACCCGGAGUACGCCUUCAUCAUCUGGAAUUUCAAUAACGAGCGCGAGCAGAUCCCCGUGGCUACUGUGGGGCCCCAAGGACUCAAGGUCAAUGCACCCUACGAGGGCCGUGCCAGCGUGGAUCCCAAGAGUGGCACUCUCAGCCUAAGCGCGCUCACCGCCGCCGACAGUGGGGACUUCAGCAUCAACGUCGUCAAAGCCGACGGUGACACCGAAACCGCCGAGAUUAAGCUGCGCGUACUCGAACCGGUGUCCGGCGUGGUGGUGACUGCAAACAUGGUGGAAGCGCUGGAGCACAACAGCACACUGGUCCUAACCUGCAACGCCAAAGGUUCCUUCUUAAAUUUCACCUGGCUCAAUGGCACUGAGCCCAUCGCAACGCCCGCCGGCGGUCGGCUAUCAGUGGAGCAGAGCGAAUCCAGCAGUCGGCUGACCAUCGCGCGGGUGCUGCGCUACGAUCUGUCACGACCCAUCAUCUGCAGCGCAGCCAACAAAUUGGAGACCAAGAAGAGCGCCCCCUUCAGUGUGCCCGUCUACUACGGUCCCGAUGUGCCAAAACUCAAGCCGUCAGAGCCGCCGCGCUUUGUCCGGGCCGGCUCCGACUUCAACUUGACGUGCACCUCGCUAUGCAACCCGCCCGCCGCCUUGGCCUGGUACCGGAACGGCACCCUGUUGGACGGCGCAGGGGCCACGCUUACACUCAAAGUGGUGCAGGGCCGCCCCAUGUGGGAUAAACUCAAUCAGUACUCCUGCAAGGCAACCAAUGCCAAGACCAAGAGAGUUGCCACCUCGCCCGUCGUCUCCUUUGCUGUCAUUGAGCCGGUGUCAGGCGUGAAGAUGAGCCACCCAGCAGCCGCUGCCGUCCUGCUGGCUGGCAACAGCUCGGCUAAUCUGAGCUGCCAGGCGGCAGCCGGCGCCGUGACCGACAGGACAUGGCUGAAGGAUGGCCAGCCACUGCCGGCCCGAGUGGCGGCGGCGCCCGACGGCUCCUGGAUCGGCUUUACAACCCUACAGCGGGACGACAACGGGCUCUACGAGUGCCGUCUCGCCAAUGCCGUCAGCUCCGAGAAGGCCGCCUACAAGAUGGUCGUCAACUUCGGUCCCGAGGAGGUGAAGGUGAGUGGCGAGACCGCAGUGGAGGUGCGUGACGGUAUCAACCUGCGCUGCUCGGCCGCUUCUGUGCCGCCCGCAAAUUUCACCUGGAAGUUCAACGGAACGCUGACCGACAUCAAGACCUCCACAUACACCAUCGCCGAGGCCACCUACAAGAACACUGGCACGUACACGUGCCAGGCACGCAACACAGUCACCGGAAAGAGCGCCGUCUACACGCACAACCUGUCCGUCAAAGAGGAGGGGGCGCUGGAUGAAGGCCUGUCAGAUGGCGCCAUCGCCGGAAUUAUCAUCGGUGUCCUAGCCGCGUUGGGCCUCGCCAUUGGCUUGGUCAUUUACUGCAGGCAGAAAGUUCCGGUGGAGUCACCGUACUAGUGAACCUUGGUACACUACUGGAGUUACGGGUCCCGACAUCGGAGGCGGCGUUUGGAUUCGGCCGCUCCCCGUGGGAGAGAAAGUCGUCACCCAUGCCCAUUUUCAUUCGUUGGGCUUCGUGGCAGGAAUCUCCUAGCUAUGAAAAAAAAAAAAAAAAAAAAAGUUCCUUUGUUCCAGUUGUUUUGAACAAAUUUUUGAUUGCGCAAUCCAAAAUUGAUCUCAAUUGGUCUCCCUAAUGUCAAGUUGUUGUCAAUAUACGUGCAGCAGGAACCCGUAACUUUUACAAAUGUUUAGAUAAAGUCAUUUCAUUGCGUGCCAAUUAUCAAUUUUUAAUGAUAAAUAAUAAUAAUAAUGAUAAAACUCAUUAGCCGCCAUUGACGGCGCCGGGUGUUUUCAAUCUACAAGUCAGUAAAUAACUACCACGACACUACUGUACUACUGUACAUCACAUCUGGCAGCCAAAGAGAUUAAGUACAGUAUUUUUCAUUUUUCAGAAGAAAAAGGGGGUACCUGCAGUUCACAAACUUGACACAAAAGAGGUAAAAUUGUUUUUUUUUCUUUUAUUUCGCACCCAAAAAUGAGUUCUAAACAGCUGUCAGACCUAACGCGACGCAAAAUAUGUGCUUUCCAGUGGCGUUGCACCGAUACCGAUACAUGUAUCGGUACAGAAUCGGCACCAAGAUGACGUAAUCAGUAUUGGGAAGUACAAAGAAAACAUGCGGUGCUACUGCGCAAUAUGUACUUUUCCAGAUGUAGUGUCAACCACUGGUCAAACUACAUAAGAUGGCUGUCCAAUCUUGAUAAUUUACAGUAUAUUUCAGUGAAUCCACAGUAGACAUCCGACCCAUUUGAAGCCACUUCAAAUGGAUCGGACGUCUAUUGCCGUCAAUGGCAGAACAUUAGUUAAGCAGUGUCUGACCAAGACAUGAUUCCAACUACUUGACAUUUAAUGGAGUAUGUGAUUAUUUACAGAGGUGGGUAAAGUAGCUAAAAAUGUUCCUCAAGUAAGAGUAGCAUUACUUCAAAAUAAGAUUACUCAAGUAAAGGUAGUCAUCCUAAAAAUGUACUCAAGUACAAGUAAAAAAGUAUUUGGUGAAAAGAAUACUCAAGUCAUUAGUAACAUUGUGAGUAACUGCUUACGAUGUUAGAUGUUUUAUUUUCAAACAACGGUAUUUUUUUCUCAUAACAAAGUUAUAUAAAUGAACUGUUAUUAUUAUACUGUACUAUAAGUGUUUACAUAACUACAUUAGGAGAAAUAAACACAUACACACACACACAAAAAAAUCAUUGAAUUCCAGCGAGUGAAAAAAAAUCUACAGAAAUGAAGCGAAGCGUCAAUCAUUUAAAAGGGCAUGAGGGCCUUCUAGUGGAGAAAACAUAUUUCCUAUAAUGAAAUUAAAAGGCUUCAAAUCUCCGUUUUUUUCAUGGUUGAUCGGUGCUAAAUAAAAACUGGGAGGGAGAUAAAAAUCAGCACUUUCGAGUUAUUUUGAUGGCAGCGCUCUAUGUCAAAUACUGUUUUUUUUGUUUGUUUGUUUUUUUACGGUGCUUUAAAGACAUCUCGUGAUUGAACAAGCUGGCAUGAUCAUAGAAUGGAAGGCUUGGGUCUCAUUGGUGACACUGGCAAAAAAAGAUGUAAAAUCUAAUAUUUUGAAUAUAGACGAAAAAUGUAACAACUAGUGCAGCCCAAUGUAAUGGAGUUUGAGUCGCGUUUCUUCUUCACAAAUCGACUCAAGUAAUAAUAAAAAGUAUGACUUAGUAAAACUACAAACUGCGAUUUCUGGAGAAAUUGCGAUGGAACUUUGCUGUUGUAGAUACAGAACUCAGACCUGCCCAGUUGUUUCUUUGGGCAUUUUGUUGGGGCUUCCUGUUGACCCCCCCAAGUCCUGGUACCUUCCUGUUGAUAUUGGGUCAGUUCUUUUUGAUUUGGGGACAUUUCCGGGACACUUCCUGUUGAUAUCAGGUCACCUCCUGUUGAUUUGGGGCAUUUCGGGGACAAUUAGCAUCGACUUACUUGGGCACCAGUUUAAUGUCACUGUGCUGUGAUGGUAAGUUUUUUAUCAAAAAACACAACCAGACAGUUUUUUUCUGCCAUUGAAAAUCAAUGGGAAAUUUGGACGUAAUUGGCUGUCAAUGGCAUCCCAUUAAAAAUGAAUGGGAAAGUUUUUGGCAAAUUUUGGGAGAACUGUGUUAUCCGAAUUCUAUAUACAACUUUUAUGCUCAUUACCAUCCUGGAUUUUUUUAUGUGUACUUUAUGUGAUUUGGUCGAAAAUUGUAGGACUAGAUACAUUUCGAUUUAAAAAAAAAAAAAAAAUGCAUUUAUGGGCGAAGUGAAAAUUUUGGGGGGGUCAUUCGAGAAUUUCCCUGCAUCGUGCGAGAAUUCAGUCAUUUCAAUAUUUGAACGGUGCCGGUUGGUCAGACGGUUUGGGCUGCGCAGUGACUCAAAAAAACGCGGCGAAGAUUAUGAGAGAAAGAAUUAAUAAAGUUGAGGAAUUUUUGCCUUGCAAAGCUCCAUCACCUACUCUUAGAAGUGUAUACAAUAUGUCUCAAAAAGUUACUCAAGUAAAUGUAAUGAGUUACUACCCACCUCUGAUUUUUUAGUAUUAAAAGAAAAAUGGCACAUCUUCUCAAAACAUGUAGUAUCAUUAAAGUAUCGGUAUCGGGAGCCAAAAAAUGGUAUCGGUGCAACACUACUUCCUUCCCGGUCUCGUCUUUUGUUUUGUCGUCCCCAACUGGCCUGCUCCAUUCCUCCCUUCCAGCCUCGCCUCCGUCACUUGACUUCUGUGCUUCAUCCCCGCCCACCGCCAACGGAUGCCCUUCCCCCUGACGCAACACCAGAGUGGCUGCUGGAAACCUGAGAACACACACAUGCCCUGAGAAACAAAUAUGCCUAAACCUACACAAACACUCUACAGUCACACAAAUUUGCACACGUUUAGACAACCGAAGCCACACAGAAAGAGAACGUGCAAAGACACGCCAAGAUUGACUCACGCAAUAAACUGGCAAAGUUGGCGGGGCCGGACUUUUGGCGGGAAAUAGAGCUUUUUUUGAUUUUGUACAUUUUGUUGUUUUAAUUUACUUCAGGUUACUGUUUGCUUGCGUGUGUGUGUGUUUUUGCACGCAUUUGAAAGGGAAGUUCAGAAUGUUUGACAUUGGGCUCAAUCUUCGAGGUUUAAUUAGUUCGACAAAUUCUGUGCAGUUGGUCAGAUAUAUGUUACAGUGGUAUGAAAAAGUAUCUGAACCUUUUGGAAUUUCUCACUUUUCUGCAUAAAAUCACUCUCAAAUGUGAUCUGAUCUUUGUCAAAAUCACACUGAUGAAAAAACAGUCUCUAGUUUAACUAAAACCACCCAAACAUUUACAGGUUUUCACAUUUUAAUGAGGAUAGUAUGUAAGCAAUGAAAGAAGAGGGGAAAAUAAGUAAGUGAACCAUGACAUUUAAUAUUUUGCGGCCCCCCUUUUGGCAGCAAUAACCAGACACUUCCUGCAGUUGCAGAUCAGUCUGGCACAUCGACCAGGAGUAAUCUUGGCCCAUUCUUCUCUACAAAUCUGCUGUAGUUCAGUCAGAUACGUGGGAUGUCUGGCAUGAUUUGCUGUCUUUAGGUCAUGCCACAGAAUUUCAAUGGGGUUCAAGUCUGGACUUUGACUUGGCCACUCCAGAACAUGUAUUUUGUUCUUCUGAAACCAUUCUGAAGUUGAUUUUCUUCUGUGUUUAGUAUUAUUGUCUUGUUGCAGCAUUCAUCCUCUUUUAAGCUUCAACUGUCUGACAGACGCCCUCAGGUUUUCCUGCAAAUCAUCCUGAUAAACUUUUGAAUUCAUUCUUCAAUUAAUGAUUGCAAGUUGCCCAGGCCCUUAAGUAGCAAAACAGCCCCAAAUCAUGAUGCUCCCUUCACCUUGCUUCGCGUGGGGAUUAGGUGUUGAUGUUGGUGAGAUGUUCCAUUUUUCAUCCACACAUGACAUUGUAUGUUACUUCCAAACAGUUACACUUUGGUUUCAUCAGUCUACAAAAUAUUUUGCCAAAACUUCUGUGGUGUGUCCAAGUGGCUUUUUGUGAACAUUAAACGAGCAACAAUGUUUUUAUAGACAGCAUUGGCUUCCUCCCUUAAGUCCUCCCAUGAACACCAUUCUUGGCCAUAGUUUUACAUAUAGGUAAUGUGUGCACAGAGAUAUUGGACUGUGCCAGUGAUUUAGCAGACACUCUAGGGUUCUUUUUUUUUUUUUUUUUUUUUACCUCUCUGAGUAUUCUGCGCUUAACUCUUGGCGUCAUCUUUGGUGGACGGCCACUCCUUGGGAGAGAAGCAACAGUGCCAAACUCUCUCCAUUUGUAGAACAAUUCUCUGACUGUCGAUUGAUGAACAUCCAGAAUUUUAGAGAUGGUUUUGUGUCCUUUCCUAGCUUUAUACAAAUCAACAAUCCUUGAUCGCAGGUCUUCAGACCGCUUAUUGGAUCGAGUCAUGAUGAACAUCAGACAAUGCUACUCGGCAAGACAAUUCCUACCUGGUGUGUGUUUUAUAGUGGGCAGGGCAGCUUUAAACCACUCAUCAGUGAUUGGACACACACCUAACUUAAAUUGGUUUCAAUUGCUCUUUAAGUCUCAGAGGGCUGACUUACUUAUUUUCCCCCUUCUGUCAUUGUUUGCAUGCUAUCCUCAUUAAAGUAUGAAAACCUAUAAAUGUUUGUGUGGUUUUAGUUAAACACUGUUUUUACAUCUGUGUGAGUUUGACAAAGAUCAGAUCACAUCUGAUGGUGAUUUUAUGCUGAAAUGUGAGAAAUUCCAAAAUGUUCAGAUACUUUUUCAUACCACUGUAGUUUCAGGGCUCCAGAGUGGCUAAGCUAGCUUGAGUCAGUGGUACAACCUUAGCAUGCAAAUAUAAAUUGAUAUUAACAGAACUGUCAAGUAAAUUUAAAAUAUAGAUCAUUGUACAAAAUACCCACACGGCCAAAACAACGUCACACCAAACUGCCGUAAUUCAUUUCAUUACUAUUUUUUUUAACUAGCAAACUGCACAGAAUUUGUUUAAAUCAACUCCACUGACUAAUUAAACCCCCGCUAACUUGAAGAUUAAGCAUAAUGUCAAAAAUUCUGAACCCCCCCCCUUUAAGUAUUUAUUGUAAAAAAAAACAGUGGAGCUGAAGUCCAUCACUGGCAAACUCGUUAGCCUGUUAGCGUGACGCGUUUGGUGUAUCCACAUGUUAAGCGUGACGAGCCUCCACCGCCAUUUGUUAGCUGUGGAACAUGUUUGUUUUUGUCUUCUGUUGCUCACGUAAAAAAUUAAAAACGAAAGGUGUUCUCCAUUUUGAAACCUUGUGCGUGCCUGUGUGUGUUUAAAGCAGCCAAUCACAGUGAGGAAGCACCACCUACCUACAUUCCUCUGUGUUUGAGUCAGCAUAUGAACAUGUGUUAAACUUAAGUGUAUAUAUUUUGUAAAUGCACGCAUAUGUUUGUGUGCGCCACACAUUCGUGUUUUCGAGUGUGUUGACCGCUAUGGGGGUGAGGCGUGACAGCCCAGUUUUGCUAAUUGCUAACCAAAUAGCUCUCUUGAGUUCAGUGGCAUAUAGAGGUCGCAUAAGGUAUGUGUGUGAGCGUGUGCGUGCACGCGCUUGGGUGUUUGUACCCUGUAAUCUCACA